AUGCUGCUCGAUGCUAGCCGAUUCUGCUCCCUGGGGUGUAAACUCGCUGCUGUCCCGAAGGAUUUUACGCUUACUUUCAUUCCGCGGGUCGCGUCGGCGUCUGGAGGACAUGGCGCCGGGUGUAACGGGGCGAAUGCCGCGAAGCGUGCGUCAGCCACUGGCCCUGCCACGUCACACCGGGCGAAUGGGUACAAUGCAGCUGCUGCAGGCGGAAAUGUUGACACGUGGCGGGAGGAUAACGGCAACAGUAAUGCGUCCGCCGCGUGGGUUCAAAAGGCGAGAACGACCGGAAAGAAGCGCGUUACCCCUGAAGUGAACACGGCGACUUCGUCGCCGGAAGUUUCUCUGCUGGCUGCUUCUAUGGAGUACGACAAUAUCGAGGACAGCUUCGGCGGCGCUGACAGCGGCAGGAUUCUCGUCGCGGACGAUGACGACGACCGUCUGCUUGUGGAGCGUGACGUUGACGAGCGCUUUCUCAAGACCAAAGCCAUUCGGGACCUAGAGCAGCAACAACGGAAGGCACAGUUCAAACAGGCGAUCAUCAGAGUCCGAUUCCCAGACAACACAGUGGUGGAGGCGGCCUUUGCCCCCACGGAUGCUGUAGCAGCAGUGCGGCAGUUUGUGCGCAAGUGUCUGCUACAGCCGGACCUGCCUUUCUUCUUCU